AUGCUCAAACUGUCAGCCUCAUUUGGCAAAAGCACCACUGACUCCAGCCUCUCCGGCCACAGAGGAAGGAUUCAUACGCUGUUAACCCCAGCACCUCCAGCCAGCGUGGAAACCCCCUCAAGCAUCCAGCCCAGUUACCCGUCAAGAAUGUCGCCCCAGAAGGAGAGGGGAGCGUCAAAGCCGGGCAGAAGCCCACGCCAGAGUCAGAGACCUCCGGUGGCCGGCCAGACCCCCGCUGCAGCAUCUGUGAGGAAGGAGAGGCUGCAGAAGAAGAAGCCAGAGGCAGAGAUGGAGCAAGAAGCUAAGGGGAAAACUACCGUGGUGGACAUAGACAGUGUUAGAGAUGACGAGGUCAAGGAGGAGAACUUGGGGCUUUUGGAAGCAGCAGGACAGGAAGAUGGUCUGAAGCAGAGGAACCUGGGAGUGUUUGAAUGGCUGCUGAUGGUCUUUGUCCUGGCUAUCGUUCUCCUCUUCCUCCCUCUGUCCAUCUGGUUCUGUGUUAAAGUGGUGAGGGAGCACGAGAGGGCCGUGAUCUUCAGACUCGGUCACCUGCUGCGGGGAAAACCCGGCGGACCAGGCCUGAUUUUCCACCUCCCUUUUCUUGACGUGUGUCACAAAGUUGACAUCCGACUCAAAACGCUGUUGGUUCCUCCUCAUUCGGUGGUGACGAAGGACCUGGCGAGGCCGGAGCUGAGCGUGGCGUGCUACUACCAGAUAGAGAACGUGGCUCUGUGCAGCACGUCUCUCUUCAGCCUGACCCCGACGCUGCAGAGUUUGGUCCAGGCAGCGUCCAGAGACGCCGUGGCCCAGCACACGUCCAGCAGGAUCCUGCUGAACCGGCGGAGGAUCGGGGAGCAGAUAAGAGCAGCCGUCGACGCCGUCGCCUGUCGCUGGGGCAUCAGGGUGGAGAGGACAGACAUAGAUGAGUUCACGUUUCCUGUGGAGUUACAGCAGAGUCUGGCUGCAGAAGCUGAGGCCAAGAGACAACAGCAGCAGGUGAAAGCUGCAGAAAGCGAGAUGUCAGCCUGGGGCGGGUUUAGGAACUCCCUCCGUCACCUCCAGCCUGCCCUGGUUCUUCCACUUCCUCCAGAUCUGCUCAACAUGAACUCUGACCUCCCUCCUCUUCCUCCUCCU